AAUUAUUGCAGGUGGACCCACCUUGCAUUCUCUUUCUACCUUUCACUCUUGUGGCUGGCCAACAUGAGCGACUAUAACCCCGAAGACGUACCCAAUCUUCAGUUCGAGUUCGAAUGGGAAAAUGACUUGCUGAAUGUCAUCAAUGUCGUCUGCAACAGUAUAUCCGUUGUUUCCGGUAUGAUCGUUUUAGCUAUCAUCUUUGGUUUACGAAUGUACGACAAAAAACUCGUCGAUCGUGUUUCACUUCGAUUAAGCGCUGCCAUCAGUGUGACGGAUGUCAUCUCCUCGGCAGCAUUGCUCAUCUACACCUACGUUACGGCUGAAGGAGGAGCUUGUCAGCUAUCGCCAUUUCUCAUCAUCUUCUUGACCAACCUCUUCUUGUUCUUGACCACGGCUAUUGCCUUCAAUCUUCAACACUUGUUUUUGCAUCAACGAUAUUAUAAUCCUAAUUUCGAGAAAUGGUACUAUAUUCUCUCUGUCGGAAUCGCAGCGCUUACAGCUGUUAUACCAUUGGCUGCACAUCGUUUAGGAUUAGAUCCUGCUCAAGGCUACUGCUGGUACUCUCCCUCAUGGACCACGGAAUCAAAUAUAUACGAAUAUGCUACCUACAUUGGACCUCAGCUUAUAUGUGGAACUUACUGUUUGGUGGUCGUCGUCGCUGUGGCCGUCAAAUUGAAAAUGGACUCCAUGAGACUGGAGCGUCAGAUUGCUCAUUCAGGAACGGGCGAGCGAACCGAAGUCGAUGUUCGAAGACGCAAGACGCAAAAGGCCAUCAAUCGAGUGGUGCGAAGAAUCUUGCUCUAUCCUGUGGUUCCAAUUCUUACCCAAACUGGAUUCAUUGUUAGUGAAAUUGACAUGUAUAUCCACAUGCGACCCAGUUAUGCCAUCAAUUUGUGGGGUGUCCCUCUUAAGGCUCUGCCCGGAUUCUUCAAUCUACUGGCGUUUAUGAUCGAUCCCGCCAUCUACAAUGCGCUGGCGGCCAUUAAAAAAAACCUCAUCAUCAAAUAUUGUGGUGAAGCAUACCCUGAACCACACCAGGAUAUCACCACACGAUCUACUUUUAUGAUCACUUCGACCGCCAAUGGUCCUGAUAGACAUGUGCCUAAUGCCCGACCUCAGAGCAGCCAGCCACCCCAGCGGGGUUUCAUGCCGUGGUUCGUACGACGGUUUUUGAUGACUUCCACUCAACGCCAAAAUGGUACCUCGUCCACUUUUUUCAUGAUGAAGGAAUCGUCGACGACUAGUGUGCCGGCCACUCCGAAGAUGUACAAUUCACCAAAACUGGAUGACGAAGGCGCCCCUCAUCCUACUCUAUCCACCAAUGCCAUGAUGAAAUACCCUCCCAAGGCUCAUACGCACGACCCUUAUACCACCUUUCAUGACGUGGAAGAUGACGAAGAGGAUGGUAUGGGCGGUUGGGUGGAAAUGAAGCCUCCCGGAAAGCAAGAUCAGCGGAGGCAGCAACGAAAUGAGGAGCGCGAAUACAUGGGCGGUCUCUGAGAAUCUACCUCCUCUUGUACGAUAAUACCUCUUGAUGUUACCUUUUAAUUUUUUUUUUGGUCCAAAAAAAAAAAAAUAUCCCACCACCGCCACUCUUUUCACCAUCUACGGACAUCCUUAUCUGUUGUUUGAACCGCUUCAAAUUUUUGUAAUAAUGGACAUUAUUUCUUCUUCUCUGUCAGUAUUAGUGCUUUUUUUCUUCUUCAUCAUUUCAUUUACUAUUUAUUCUUUGUUAUCUUUUACAUAGGUGGGUUGUUUUUUAUAACCACUCGUCAUAAUAAACCCAAUAGACCAAUCACGCGCGGCACAA